AUGUUGAGACAGUCUUCACGAGUCCUCCUGAGCAGAGCUGCUAUGAGGUGGCGCCGCCCAUUCUCGACCGAUUUCGUGGCAGAGACACCCGCAGACUCGAAAUUCGUCGACACUUGGAAGAAAGCGAUCCCGAACAUGGACCCACCGAAGACUCCGUCGGCAUUCAUGACCCCUCGCCCACCAACCCCUUCUACAAUUCCUUCCAAGCUCACUGUCAAUCUUGUUCUUCCUUACGAUUCCUUAUUAUCCGCGAAAGAGGUUGACAUGGUCAUAGUCCCAGCUACUACUGGGCAGAUGGGUGUUUUGCCUGGCCAUGUGGCCACAAUUGCUGAAUUGAAGCCCGGUGUUUUAUCAGUUCAUGAAGGUAACGAGGUAAAAAAAUAUUUUCUCAGCAGUGGGUUUGCUUUUAUCCAUGCAAAUUCUGUCGCGGAUAUAAUGGCUGUCGAGGCCACACCGCUUGACCAAAUUGAUCCGAGCCUGGUUCAGAAAGGACUCGCUGAGUUCACACAGAAACCAAACUCAGCGAUGUCCGACGUGGAGAAAGCAGAAGCACAAAUUGGGGUUGAUGUACAUAGUGCUCUCAAUGCUGCUCUUACUGGUUAA